AUGUUCAGGCUGAAACUGCGCUGUGACCGAAAGGUUCCUUGCGAAACAUGCACCAAACGCGGUUGUGCUGCUAUAUGCCCGAACGGUGCCCUUGCCACCGGCAAAGCAAACAAUAAAUAUGUGUUGGCCAAUACCGAGGAGUUGCAUGCAAAGAUUCACGUUAUGACAGUUCGCAUUCGCGAGCUCGAAGUCGGUCUUGCUGCCCUCCAAGCCACAAUAUCGGAGGAACCACAUCCCUUACUAAAAAAAGAGCGAAUGUUGAAUCAAGAGAGCUCACCAGCGCAAUCAAGUGGAUCCAGUCCACAGAACCCAACAGAUACAGCGGGUGAUGCGGACGAUGAAGGCAUUAUAGAGGCGUUCGGUACGUUGAGUAUCGGCGUAAAGGGUGAUACGAAGUUUUACGGCGCGUCAGCCCGUUCCGAAUAUAUCCUCCAGUCAUCCAAGUUGAUGCCCAAACUUGCCUAUACUUCUUCCACUCGCCUGCACCCACGUAUUGUCGAACUCAUGUGCCCAGAACUUGAAGGCGACAAAAUUGACCCGGAGAUCAAACGUCUGGUCUAUGCCCACCUACCGCCGUUGUCGGAGGCAUGUCAAAUGUGCGAAACCUUCAUGAACCUCUCACAGUACAUCCCCUCUUCACUGAAUCGCAAACAGCUGUUUGAUGAAGUAUUGUCGCUCGCGUAUCAAGCCAAACCUUCAGAAGGGAUGCAGUCCCUGCAUGCUCUCAGCUUGCUGUUCAUUGUCUUCGCGCUCGCCAAACAGUAUGACACGACGACUGCGGACUAUCAUAUUGAGGCAUAUGAUUAUUUUGUACUUUCUCGGGUCGUGCUUUUAUUUGACUCGCCGAUCACCUCGACAACAGUUCUCGCCGUUCAAGUAAUGUGCUAUAUGGCACAAUAUCUUGAGAUCACAGACUCCAGCUUUCUGCCCACGGGUUCGUCUAGAGCAUGGAUGUACUUGGGAUAUGCUGUUAAAUUAGCCCACGGUGUGAAUUUGAAAAGCACGAGGUGGAAUCUGGACGAAGAGGAGAGCCAGAAACGGAGCCGUGUGUUUUGGCACCUGUUCACCGUCGAUGCUUGGAAUAGUUUCAGCUUUGGUCGACCGCCAACUACCAUGCCGUCAUUCAUCGACUGUGAACUACCAGUAGAUGACGAAGAUCGGCUCAAGGAGGAUGGGACCAAGGACCUUGGAUUCCAGCGAUGGAGUUUUCUUUAUUGUCAAUUACUGCAUACAGUCAUGUGCACUGCCUUUGGGGCAAAGUCGCCGCCGUACAUCACUAUCCUUGAACUUGACCGCAGGAUUCGCGACUUCAUCAUCCCAGAAUUCUUGAGGCCUCCAUGCGAUGGCACGCCCGACGACCCUCCUGCAGAUAUACUAGUGAAACGCUGGAUGGUUCAUUCGAGUAAAGAGUGGACCCUGUUGAACCUCCAUAGAGUAUAUUUUGCUCAAGCGCUUCGCGAAAAACCCGAAGACCCACUGAAACAUAAAUACGGGCCAUCAGUCAUGGCGAUAUAUCGAUCGGGGUAUCGAGUCAUCGAGUUUGGCCAGCGGGCGAUGAGUGCGUUGCCGCAAUCUUUUUUCAGGAGCACCUUGGCAUGGUCUAAAGUCCUCUCCGCUGCGAUUGUAAUGUGUUUACUCGUCUGCAACGCUCCUACCUCAAGCCUGGCUCCCUCCGCGCUGGAAGAGUUGGACAUCACUUGCAGUUUCUUCGAAAAUGCGGUGCGCGCUGGCAGUCGUCCGGCGGCUGAGCAUCUUGAUGCUAUUAGAAGCUUGUACCGACAAGCGCACGAGGCCAUGGACAAGACCCAACCGCACGGUAAUCAGUCCAUGAGUGCAGAACUUCAACGAAUGGGUCGUGGGACACAAGUCAUCUCACAAAGCUCUAGUCCAAGUGCUGGGCUAUCAUCGCCAUCUUUAGACCAGAGGGCCAUGCCGAAUCAUAUUCCUCUCUACCAUCCGCUGGUUUCAGAUGAGCAAAUGCACCCUACAAUUCUCAACGACUUCCAGGCGUUCGAAACCUUCCCCCCUACGCCACAGCCGAGCACCUCAUCAUCCCUCCCCGCAUCUUCAACCUCCAUGUUCAAUCUUUUCGACUUCCCGUCAACUGGUUAUUCUCAGCCGGGCGAUGCACAGUCGUUGCAGAUGUCGUUUACUGACAUGAGUCCUUUUGUGACGGGUGCUUCGGCCCAAUCAGGGAUGUAUCAGAGCCCCACUCAGCAAGAAAGUUUGGGUGCUACGAGUGGGCAGCCGUAUAUUCUGGAUGCGACGUGGCAGGAUUUCGUUGAGCAGCUGGGCUUCUGA